AAAAUAGACAUCGAAAAUUUUAUACCAAUGCUGUGUCUUUCUUUCUACUAAUUGCCUCAUUGCCUGCCAUUUAUCUCAAGUCUAAACUUAACCUCCAUUUCUCCGAUUUUCUCUCUUCAAAUAUUAAAGCUUCUUCUUCCUCCAUAACAAUGGCGAAAGGUCCUGGUCUAUACACCGACAUUGGCAAGAAAGCUCGAGAUCUUCUUUACAAAGAUUAUCAGACUGAUCAGAAGUUCAGCAUCACUACCUACUCUGCUACUGGUGUUGCUUUAACUUCAUGUGGCACCAAGGAAGGUGACCUGUUCUUCGGUGAUGUCAGUACAAAGCUGAAGAAAAAUAAUAUCACAACUGAUAUUAAAGUGGACACCAACUCCAAUUUGGUGACUACCAUCACUGUUGAUGGGGCUGCACCUGGGUUGAAAACCAUCUUGAGCUUCAAAGUUCCUGAUCAGAGAUCUGGCAAGCUUGAACUUCAAUACCUGCAUGACUAUGUCGGGGUAUGCACCAGUGUUGGUGCGACUGCAAAUCCGAUUGUCAACUUUUCUGGUGUUAUUGGGACCAAUAUGGUAGCAUUGGGGACCGAUGUUUCCUUUGAUACUAAAACAGGAAACUUCACCAAAUACAAUGCUGGACUAAGCUUUGCCAGUGAAGAUUUGAUUGCUGCACUUACCUUCAAUGACAAGGGCAACAAUCUAAAUGCCUCCUUCUACCAUUACGUAAAUCCCAUGACCAAGUUAUCUAUUGGCGCGGAAGUGACUCACAGCCUCUCAACCAAGGAGAACACCGUCACUCUUGGUGCUCAACAUGCAUUAGACCCAUUAACCAAUGUGAAGGCACGCAUCAACAAUCUCGGCAAGGCUACUGCACUUCUUCAGCACGAGUGGCGUCCCAUGUCAACUGUGACUGUCUCUGCUGAGGUAGAUACCAGAGCCAUUGAGAAGACUGCAAAAGUCGGACUGGCAUUGGCUCUUAAGCCAUAAGCUGCCAUCGUCAUUGUGACAUGCCUGAGUACAAUAUGCCCAAGCUAGUGGUAACAUACAGUAUUACAGUUGCCUGUUCUUUCCUUGCUUGCUGACAUCGCUUUAGGUGGAUUUUGUUCUGUAAAAAUAAUGCAAGGUUCACAAACUUGUGUCAUCGCUCAUCGGCUCUCAGUUUUUGUUAAUUUCCCAACCAACUAUUGCUGAAUGGUUGGCGGAUCCCAGAUUUUUUUGAGUAUUAGAGGAUAGUUUGGAAUUGAACUGAACUUACUCAGAUUAGAUCAUGAUCAAAAGGCUAUGUCAAUCGAGAGAAGUUAUUUUGUCA